AUGAAGUUUCAAGGGAAAAACUGCUUCAUAUUGCUUCUAUUGUUCAUCACUCUUGAUCGAGCCUGUUCUCAAACCUCUGCUGCUGAUUGCAUCCUUGGAAUUCAGUCUUCUACAUCUUUGAAUAACAAUAAUAGCUCUGAUUGUGAAUUGCACAGCUGGGGAGGUUUUAUAAAUAGCUGUUGUGAUGGAUUAGAUUUCAAUGCUUACCUUUAUGCAUCAGGGAUGUAUGCCAACCAAUCUGGAAAAAUAUACUUGAAUUCCUCGGAGCAAGAAACUUGCCUUGCCUCAAUGAAUAUUAAAGGAUGUGGGGUGGAGAAGCUAAGGACUGGAGCUGGUGGUUGCUCUGACUUGUCUGUCAUAGAUGUUAUGGACAAACUUGGAGAGAAGUUGAGAAGAUUAGAUGAAGAUUGUAUGGCUUUGAGCAAGGCUGGUAGAGAAAAAGAGACUUGUACGGCAUGCUUAAGAAGGUGGGAGGAGAUUAGUGCAAUAUCAAUUGGUAAAAAGGAGUCAGGCUCAGCAGAUUUUGAUGCUAAUAUUUGUAGAUUUGCAGUACUAAUCUCACUUACAAGCAUCAGACUUUAUGAUAGGGACUCGAUUCAAGCAGUUUAUGAAUGCCUUGGAACCUACAGCCUUUCAGCAGGUAAGCAAAUAGGCAAAACCGAUGGCAGUUCUAAGCUCAUCCCAGGUCUCUGGAUAUUACCUUUUGGCAUAAUUGGAAUCGUAGUCCUAGGGUUUCUUGCAGUAUGUAUCUUGAAUAGAAGAAGAAGAACUAUUAGUUCUCCAACGAAACAAGAAGAGGCAGAGGAUUCGAGCUCUCUUAAGAUAACCAUCAAGGAAGUUUAUAUGGCGACCAACAAUCUUAAUGCUUCAAAUUAUAUUGGUCAAGGCAUUGCUGGAAAAGUGUACAAAGGUCUACUUUCCAACGGUCAGCAUGUAGCCAUCAAGCAUAUUAUGGGUGAAGCGUACCUGGAGACAUUUGUUAGAGAAGUGAGAAGCCUUUCUCAUGUCAGACAUCAGAACUUGGUAUCUUUGGCCGGAUACUGUGACAGCGAGGGUGAAUGCUUCCUAGUGUAUGAGCUAUGCCACGAAGGAAACCUCUCAGAUUGGCUGUUUGACAAGGAUAAAGUUCUUUCAUGGAUUCAGAGACUUAAGAUUGCAGUUGAUUGUGCAAGAGGUCUAAUGUUUCUCCACACUUAUCCAGGUGGCUGCAUCAUUCAUCGUGACAUUAAGCCAUCAAACAUUCUAAUUGACACCAACAUGCAAGCAAAGCUUUCAGACUUUGGAUUGUCCAAGGUAAUGGACCUCGACCAAUCGUUUGUGAGCUCUGAGGUGAGAGGAACAUUAGGUUACAUUGAUCCUGAAUACCGGAAAAACCGCCAUGUAAAAGCCUCCGGAGAUGUCUACAGUUUUGGAAUCGUAUUGCUGCAACUUCUUUCAGGACAGAAGGUCAUUGACUUCAAUUUCCGGAGACCAAUGUCCCUAGAUAAAAUGGUGAGAACCUAA